AUGAAGGUUGCACUGGCAAAGAAGGAUGCACAAGGGAAGAGGAAGUCAAUCCCACCGUUCGUGCAAAAAUUGAGCAGUUUCCUCGAUCAAAAUCACACCAGCCUCAUUCGAUGGUCUGACGACGGACGGUCCUUCAUCGUGCUCGACGAGGACGAGUUUGCAAGGAAGCUCAUUCCGGAGCUCUUCAAGCACAACAACUAUGCGUCAUUCGUGCGCCAGCUCAACAUGUACGGCUUCCACAAAACGGUUAACAUCCAUGAUGGAUCGCUGCGCCAGUCUGAAAAGGCACAACAAGGGAGGAAGCCUCCGAGCAUGUAUUCACAUCCGUACUUUCGCAAGAAUCGACCGGAUCUGUUG